CCCCCCCCCUUCCCCCGCGCUAGGUACGGGAGCGUGAGGGCUGCGGGUGCGACCGUAAAAAGCGCCCCCGGUUCCCACGCCGGAAGAGGCAAUUCCGGCCCCGGAAGAGGGGCGUCCUCCGACUCGCAAUGUCCACGAACAACAUGUCGGACCCACGGAGGCCGAACAAAGUGCUGAGGUACAAGCCUCCGCCGAGCGAGUGUAACCCGGCCUUGGACGACCCGACGCCGGACUACAUGAACCUGCUCGGCAUGAUCUUCAGCAUGUGCGGCCUCAUGCUCAAGCUGAAGUGGUGCGCUUGGGUUGCUGUCUACUGCUCCUUCAUCAGCUUCGCCAACUCCCGGAGCUCUGAGGACACUAAGCAGAUGAUGAGUAGCUUCAUGCUGUCCAUCUCUGCCGUGGUGAUGUCAUAUCUUCAGAACCCUCAGCCCAUGACACCCCCUUGGUGACUGAUGUCAGCCUAGAGGGGUCACAUCCUGGACCUCUCUAUUCACCUCCCUCCAGGGCUGGUCCCUAGCUGCUCAGCCUCCUGCCCUGGAGGAGGUGGUCGCAGGGCCUCCAGCUGGAUGGAAGGAAAUUAGACCUUUCCCUGGGGUCCCACUGCUACUGGGGCAGCGAGGGGAGGACCCUCAAUGUACUCCUGCCUGCCUUCCCCACCCUGGGUGCUGCUGGGGGAGAGCUGUCCAUGUUUCUAGGGAUAAACACUUAUUUUCUUGUUGGAACCAGUUUGUAAUAAAGAUUUGCAUUCUG